CCAGAGAGCUGGAGAAGAAUAAAACCCCUAAAACCAGCAGGAGCACAGAGGAAUGACCAGCCGGGUGUGAGAGCGAGGCUUUUCUCUUCUUUGGUUGCCACUUUUUCACCUGUUUUUAAAUUUUGCUUUGAUCGUGUGGACUUGCAGUGAGCUCCUCACUUUAUCUGUUAAGUUUAUUCUUUUCCUUGAACAUCACAGUGUUGGUGCUGCACUGAGAAAGGAGACCUUUAGGAGCUUAAAUAUGUUUUCAUUUCCAUUUGCUCCCUUUGGCUGGUGAGUUGAUCAGGAGAGACAGGACACGACUCAACAGCUGAGGAUUAAACGACUUUCACACAACAGUAGCAGCUCACUGCUGGGAUUUAAAAUCAUGACCUUCCGGUCAGUAGCCAGAGUCCUUAUCCACUGACUCACCACAUGCAUGUCAGGAAGAUGUAUUUGUGCUUUCUGGACGAGAAGAACACUGGACUUAACUCACAGGUUUGACUGGCAUCUUCAUGAACUGACACGAGACAUUGUGAGAAUAAAAGAAGUGGAUUUUAGAGGACAGAGAGAAGCUCAAAUGCCUUUUGGACCUUUAACUCAUCCCAUGUUCCCCCCUGCACUUUCUCAUCUCUAUAGACGUGUGUAAUUUCCCUCACGCUCCCCCUCAGACCCCACCUCGUGCCCCCUGCAGGCCCCCCUCAGGCCCCCCCCUGCAGCCAUGUUGUCUCUGUGUGUUCUGUGUGUUGUGUUGGAUCUGGGAGGAGCUAUGUGGGACUGGAUGAAGCCCAAUCAGGUGGAGAGCAACUCAGAUCGUUUUGGUGGCGUGUUUAAACCCAGACCUCCUCCUCACAUCAUCUUCAUCCUGACUGAUGAUCAGGGCUUUAACGAUAUCGGCUACCACAGCGCCGAGCUGCACACCCCCACCCUCGACAAGCUGGCGGCCGACGGAGUGCGACUGGAGAAUUAUUACGUCCAGCCGCUGUGCACGCCAUCACGCAGCCAGCUCAUCACGGGCAGGUAUCAGAUCCACACCGGUCUCCAGCACUCGAUCAUCCGUCCCCGUCAGCCGAACUGCAUCCCGCUGAACGUGUCCACGCUGCCACAGCGUCUUCAAGAAGUCGGUUACUCCACCCAUAUGGUGGGAAAAUGGCACCUGGGCUUUUACCGUAAACGCUGCCUCCCGAUGCACCGUGGCUUCCACACCUUCUUUGGCUCGCUGACAGGAAGUGUGGAUUAUUACACCUUCGACUCGUGCGAUGGGAAAUCUCUGUGCGGCUUCGACCUGCAUGACGGCGACUCAGUAGCGUGGAGCAAAGCAGGAAAGUACUCCACUCACCUGUACACUCAGAGAGUGCGCAAGAUUUUAGCAACACAUGAUCCGUCUCAGCCGAUUUUCAUCUUCUUGUCCCUUCAAGCAGCUCACGCUCCUUUAAAACCUCCCAAAUCGUAUAUUUAUCCAUAUCGCACCAUGGGGAACGUCCCACGCAGGAAAUACGCAGCCACGAUCUCCAUUGUAGACGAGGCAGUGCACAACAUCACGUAUGCGCUACGCAAAUACGGCUAUUAUCGCAACUCCGUCAUCAUUUUUUCCUCAGAUAAUGGAGCGCAGCCAUUCACCGGAGGGAGCAACUGGCCCUUAAGAGGGCGCAAGGGGACUUACUGGGAGGGCGGAGUCAGAGCACUGGGAUUUGUGCACAGCCCGCUAAUACGCUACAAGCGCAGGAUUAGCAAAGCGCUAAUCCACAUCACGGACUGGUUCCCGACUCUCGUACGUUUGGCUGGAGGAAACAUUUCACAGAAUGAGAAACUGGAUGGUUACGACAUUUGGUCUGUGAUCAGUGAGAAUAAAGCGUCUCCCAGGUUUGAAAUCUUACACAACAUCGAUCCUCUGCAUCGGCGAGGUUUAGGGUCACUGCAGAAAGGCAAGGGAUUGUGGGAUACAGCGGUCCAGGCAGCCAUAAGAGUAGGAGAUUGGAAGCUUCUGACCGGAGAUCCGGGUCACAGCGACUGGAUUCCUCCUCAGCUGUUAACCAGCUUCCCGACUGGAUGGUGGAACCUGGAACGAGGGAACGUGGACAAGGAAAAGAAGUCGAUUUGGCUCUUUAACAUCACAGCGGAUCCGUGCGAGAGAAAUGACCUGGCAGAGAACCGGCCUGAAGUGGUGAAGAAGCUCCUCCAGCGUCUGGCUUUCUAUAACAGCACAGCCACAGCAGUCCGGUACCCGCCUGAUGACCCGCGUGCCGAUCCGCAGAACAACGGUGGGGCCUGGAGACCGUGGGUGAAAGAUGAGGAGGAUGAGGAGAACUGGGAGGGAAUCUACUACAAACGAGGAAAGAACCGGAAGAGGAAGAAGUGCAAGCUCUGCAAUAUCCAAUCAUUCUUCAAGAAACUCAACAAAAAGAUCCUGGCCAGUAGAAUAUGAGGAGAUCCAGAACCUUCUCACCGAGAUGUCACGUCACGUCAAGGUUCUAAAGGUUCUAGACCCUUAACUUGCCGUGUGUAUGCAUUUCCUUAUUCUCCGAACAAAUUAUUCUUAAAGAGUUUCGACUUAGAACCUUUUCUGAAAGAGAAACCCUCUGUGUGUAAAACGACAGAAGAGUUUCAAACCUUUAACCAUUUGCAGGAAAACUGAAAGCAUAAGAAAUCAUUCUGAAUGUUUUUACGAGGAACCCUGAAGAGACACGACUGCUGGUUCUGCAAAAUACACUUCAGUUUUUCAUCUUAAAGCUCCAAGGUGCAGUUCAGCUCAAAAUGGACCACAGCGUUCAUCGUGUAUUCCGGAGAAGUUUACUUCUUUAGACCUGCACUCGCACUGCGAGGCUAAUGUCGCUAGUAAUAAAAGCUACCAUUUUAGCAUCAGAUGAACCACGUAAUCAUCACACACUCACCCCAAAAUACUCAACACAGCAAUUUGUGUUUCAUCAGUUUAGCAGAACAGAAACAUGAACUUUAUAUGAAGCAGAAAAUCUUUUCAGAGUCUGCGGUCAUGACACACACGGAGCAGAGCUGAGCUCUCAGACCGCACAUUGUUUCAGAAAUGUAAUAAAAAUCACAGGGUUUCGUUUCGCUCCGAUUCACUGUGAUGUGGAGACGAGAAACAGGAGACGAGGCAGUGACGGAAACUGAACUGAGAGGAAACAAAAACACACCGAUAUUCUCUAAUGUGGGCGUGGUGUUUCUCAUUCUGUGGGUGUGGCCUUGCUCUUUCAGUAGGCGUGGCCUUCUUCUCACACUUAAGGCUGUUUCUCAGCAGUUACGUCACUGAAGGCUUCUGAUUAUCAAGAAUUUUGUGAAUACGGCCUUCAUUUCUGAGAAAUACACACACACACACACACACACACACACGCUGAUGAAUCAUUAGAAGACUUUUAAAUCUCAGUUCUCACAAAGAUUCCUCUUUCACAGCUGCAGUCUUCAGAUUCCGAGCCGCAGAGAGAAAAGACGAGGUCCAGCUCGGACUGGAAUGUCUCUGUGAUCAGAUCUUUAUUCUGAUCUCCAACACAGCUGGGCUUUUAUCAGAGCCCAACCCUCACCACUCAGACCCUGAGACAAAACGGCUCGAGUCGAGAGAGUUCGCUUCACCUUGUUGAUGAAUGUGAGUGUUGUGUAUCUGAGCCUCCACAUCACCAUGGAAACGUGAUCAGUAAUAAACCUGUGGAAGAUACAGAGCUACAGAACUCACAGACGUUUCCUUUAUCUCGUGAAAUCAUUGUCAUGAUCUCAUGUCAUUCUCCUCAUAUGGACUUUCUUUGGUUGAGGAAAUGAAAGUGAGUUUGUUCCAGAUAACAAAACUUUGUUUACGUGAAAAAACUGAUCACUUGAUAUAAAGAAACUUUGUUUGUCAGAAUGAAGCUUUGUUUAUGAUGAGAUGUUGAGGAAAGGUUUGUUUAAUAGAUCAUGGACAACUGUUUACUUGACAUAACGAGAGUGUGUUUCCACAACAGAACAAAACUGUGUUUGCUCGAUGUAGAGAGUUUACUGUGCAGAGACGCCACGGUUCCACACACGUUUACAUCAUUUACAUCAUUUACAUAAUUAUUUACAUCUACAUUUAUAAAUGUAUGCUACCGACUCGGGUGAUUUUUCCUUUCUUUAAAAAAGCAACACGAUUUCAACAACAUUUUUAAUACUUCAGUAUAAUUAUUGUUAACUUGUAAUAACGAUAGGGUGUGUCUUGACAGCGCAGUUAUGCAGUGUGUGUGUGUGUGUGUGUGUGUGGGUUGAACCUGUCCCUACAUGUGUGUUGUGAUGAUCCCAGGUGAAUGUUAUGGCGUGUAAGGACACAUGUUCUGGAGGAACUCAGUGUAGAAGUUGGAUCCUGAGGUGAUUCCUGCAGUCCAUGACAUCCAUCGUUUGUUCCUUUCUUUCCUCCAUCACUUUCAGCUCUCACUUUCUUAUUUUAUUUUUGCUCUUUAAUAAAAAAUAAUCACCUUUCAGCUGCUUACAUUACAUCACAGCGCUGUGACUGAAUUCUGGACUCUGAUUGGUCAGGAUGAAUUUUCUGGAACAGCAACUCUGACAGUCGUUGCAGCUGGAAGAAGGAACACGUUGACUGACAUUCCAGAGCAUUAACUGUAACAAUAAACAGAUAAAAAGUCUGAUUUGUAUUUAUUUAAUAAAUCUGACUGUGGCAGCGGGGGCGUGGUCAAGCGCCGGUCUGUGACAGGAGGGUGGAGCCGGGGAAGGUGAGUGGCAAAAUCGCUACACCUGACUGUAAUAAACCUGUGUUUGUGUGUGUUUUCCCAGUAACCGCUCCCUAUUUAAGGAGGCAGAGAGAGCGCAACCCGGGAUUGGAGGCUGAGCCUGUGUGUCUGUGUGCGCUUACGCCGUAAUUAGACUGAAAAGUUUAUUUAAUAAAUACGCUUCCUCUACCUCCACCCACACAUUGUCCGCGCUACAAUGAC